AUCCUGCUCUGCCUGUGGAGAGAGAUCUGGGCAAGCUCUGGUGAGGAAAAAAAAAAAUGUCUACUCGCUACCACCAAGCUGCGAGUGACAGCUACUUGGAACUUCUAAAAGAGGCUACCAAGCGAGAUCUGAAUCUUUCUGAUGAAGAUGGUAUGACUCCCACACUCCUGGCAGCCUACCAUGGGAACUUGGAAGCCCUAGAAAUCAUCUGCAGCAGAGGAGGGGACCCUGACAGAUGUGAUAUCUGGGGGAAUACUCCUCUACAUUAUGCAUCCUCCAAUGGCCAUGCCCACUGUGUCUCAUUCCUGGUCAACUUUGGUGCCAACAUCUUCGCCCUGGACAACAACUUGCAGUCUCCGCUUGAUGCUGCCGCCAGCAGGGAACAGAAGGAAUGUGUUGCUCUCCUGGAUAAGGCUGCCACUUCCCAGAACAUCAUGAAUCCCAAGAAGGUUUCCCGGCUGAAGGAACAGGCUCAGAAGAAUGCCAGGAGGCAGAUCAGAGAGUGUGAGAGGCUCCAGGAGAAGCACCAAAAUAAGAUGGACCGCACCUAUGGCAAGGAGGAAUCUGGGACUCUUUCUUCGUCCAAGGGUCCCUUUUCCAAUGCUUCUGCUUCCACCACAUUUGGGUCAUUGUCCAAGGGUAUUAAAGACACCUUCAAGCUAAAGUUCAAGAAGAACAAAGAUACAGCAGAGCAGGUGGGGAAGGAGGGCAGAAGUGGGCAGAGGAAUGUGAUGGAAGUGUUCAGAGAGGAGGAGGAAGACCCAUUCUCGGGGGCCUUCCAUGAGAAGCUCCAGUUCUCAGGAGAGGAGGAUAACUGUGUGCAACAUGAAUCCAUUCUCAACCGUCCAGGCCUAGGAAAUAUCGUUUUUAGAAGAAACAUGGUGCUGAGCCCUGAAGACAUCUCAGACAGCAAGAGGGAUCUGGGAUUUAAAAUGUCCAGUGAAUUGCUUCAGCGACAAGGAGCAGCAGAGAUUGGUGAAGCUGAGGCUGAUGAAGAGGGAGAGGAAAAUGGCCAUGGAGAUGACCUGCCUUGGGGUGAGGAUGAAGUGGAGUGGGAGGAAGACAUGGUUGAUGCUACUCCCCUAGAAGUGUUCUUGCAGUCCCAUCACCUGGAGGAGUUCAUUCCUAUUUUUGUGAGAGAGCAGAUUGAUCUAGAAGCUCUGUUGCUUUGCUCAGAUGAGGAUCUUCGGAGCAUACAAAUGCAGCUGGGUCCCAGGAAGAAAGUUCUUAAUGCCAUAGAUAGAAGGAAGCAGGUGCUACAGCAACCAGGGCAACUGGUCGACACCAGCCUCUGAUGGAGAGUGUUGGGCCAACGGGAGUGAGCCUGGAGCAGUUGGGUGAUGGUGUGACCCAAUGGAAGUACUUCAGAAAACACCCCUUCUCUACCUAAUGCCAGACCACUGGGAAGGGUUUCUAGGGUUCUGGAGUUGCCUAAGAAAGAAUCUCAAGGUCUCCUCUGGGAGAUAUUCUAUGCCCAUCAACCAUACAGGCCUAGGAAAUAUUGUUUUUAGAAGGAACAUGGUGCUGAGCCCCGAAAACAUCUCAGACAGCAAGAGGGAGCUGGGAUUUAAAAUGUCCAGUGAAUUGCUUCAGAGACAAGGAGCAGCAGAGAUUGGUGAAGCUGAGGCUGAUGAAGAAGGAAAUAAGAAAAUGGUGUUUCUCUUAAACUGUCUUUUUGAAUGAAGAAAAGGUCAGAUGGGUGACAGAGAAGGGAAAGAUGCUUUAUUUUUUCUCAUACUGGAUUUAAAAUUUUUAUCUCUAA